GUUGAGCCAAGUUUGAAGAGUUGACGCGCUGAAGCCGAAGCGAAGUGCUUUCAUCCUGGCCUGCAUAUGUCUUCAUUAUACAUUUUGCGUUCGUGCAACAUUGCAUUGUCGCGUUUUUCGCAAUGUAGGGUAGAAAAACGCUAAACGCUUUUCUGGAGAGUCGUCUAACACAGCGGAUUUGCUUUGUUUACCGUUAGCUCGUUAGCUAGCAGGCUAUUGGGCUACAGAGAAUGCAUGCCACGGAUAGCAUUACAAAAUGUUAGCUAGAGGAACAGUUUGACACCUGAUAUUAAAGCUAACGUUAAAGUUUGCCUAGGCUUUCCCCCGGAAUAUUAUCGCAAAGUGUUCGCUGUCACCAUGGCCAGUGUACACGAAAGUUUAUAUUUUAAUCCCAUGAUGACCAAUGGCGUAGUCCACGCCAACAUCUUUGGAAUAAAAGAUUGGGUGACUCCAUAUAAAAUAUCUGUUUUGGCUUUACUUUAUGAAAUGAUCACUUCAAAACCAAUGGCACUCUUGGAGAGACGACGCUUGAAUAAACUCAUCCUUCCCCUGCAGCAGGGCCCGGACCUAACUCUUAAACAGUUCUUGAUGAUUGUGGAAUUGUGCUGCCCUGAAACAAGUUUCGAGCUCAGAUGCAGGCUUUAUCAAAUGGCAGAUGGCGAGCUGAAAGAUAUGGAACAUUUCUUCUCCACUCUACCAAACCCCUUCAGUGACUCAGAGGUGUACAAGACCAGUGUGGUUGGUUUGUUCAUGCGGCAUAUGCUCCUGGCUUAUAACAAGCUGUCGUUCAGCCAGGUAUUCAAACUGUACAAGUCCCUGCAGCAGUACUGCAACAAGGACCGGUGGGUAACUCCCAGCUCUGGUCCUCAAGCUGAGCUGCCAUCUGCUGCCAACGAGGACAUGGAGCUGACCAGCACUGAGGACACAUCAGUGGACCGGGUGGACGGCGUGGACAGGGAGGAACCUGAUGCUGGUCCACUGCACCAGUCAGAGCUGUGUGGCCAUGACACCACAGGUCCACUAUCGCAGAAGCAAGCCGAGUACUUCUUUGCCAGACAGGCGUACUUGUUGAAAAAUGAUGAGAACAAGGCCAUGACGCCAGCCAUCCUGCAGAAUGAACUGAACAACAUCCUGAAGUUCAACCCAGACUUUGCUGAGGCGCACUACCUGAGUUACCUGAACAGCAUGCGUGUGCAGGACAUCUACAUCGCCACCCACAGCCUGCUGCACUACUUCGACCGGCUCAUUCUGUCGGGCGGAGAGGGCAAGAGCAACGGGGAUGAGGGCUACGGGCGCAGCCUGCGUUACGCCAUCCUCAACCUGGCUACUCUGCACUGCCGCUUUGGACACUACCAGCAGGCAGACCUGGCACUGCAAGAAGCCAUCCGCAUUGCUCAGGAAGCCAACGAUCAUGUGUGUCUUCAACACUGCUUGAGUUGGCUUUAUACAGUGGAGCACAUGAGAGGAUCAGACUGUGUGGUGCUCACAGAGGACUCUGUCAAAAUGGCCUCCCACUUUUGUCUCCCGUACUUGGCCUCUCUGGGCAUUCAGUCUUUGGUCCAGCGGGGGGCGACGCAGGGCAUGACUGCCAACAAGCUGCUGGACGCCCUGCGGAGCACCGACAUGGUGCACUGGAAGCAGAGUCUCUCUGAGCUCAUCGAGAUCAGCCUGGCCCAGACCACCUCCAUAUGGAGGAUGUACGGCAAGAGCACGAUGGCCUGGCAGCAGGCCCAGCUGUUGCUGAACAUGAACAGCCUGGAGCCGGUCAACUUCGGAGUUCAGCAGAACAACACCGAGGCCUUCGCCGUGGCCCUCUGCCACCUGGCCGAGCUACACGCCGAUCAGGGUCUCUAUGGGGCUGUCACCGACAUCAUGGCGCACCUGAAGCAGCAGUUUCCCCCUCACACCCAGCACGCUAAGCUGUGGAUGCUCUGUGACCUGAAGAUUCAGUUUGAGAAAGCAAUGAAUGAUGGGAAAUACCACCUGGCAGAGCCUCACGUCACAGCAACCGCAGCUCUAAACAGGACUGAGGGACUCUACAGGAAGGCUCUGCUACUGAAAGCGCUCCAUCGGACAUCUGAAGCCUCGAAGAUCCUGCAGCGACUGCAGCAGCUCUGUGAGAAAAACAAGAGUACUGAGAUGAUCAUCAGGGUCUUGUUGGCUACAGCAGAGCUGCACUGGGACUCUUGUGGCUUUGCCACAGCCCUUCCCCUUCUCCUGCAAGCACUCACUCUCUCCCGCCAGCACAACUUACAGAGCCUGGGCUCUGAGACAGUGCUGCACUUGGCUUUCACACAGCUGAUGUUGGGGACUCCGCAGCAGGCCCUGGCUCUGCUGGAGGACGUGCUGGAGUCCAUCCUGGCCCAUGGUUCUCUGAUGGACAAGGGCCGCGCCCUGCUGCUCAUGGCCCGCUGUCAGCUGGCCCUGGCUGGGUCUGCAGCAGAGGAGGACAGGCUAGCAGCUUUGGAGCAGGCAGUGGAAACCCUGGAGGAGGCCACGGCCUACUUCUCCCGUCUGGACUGCAGCGAGCGUCUGCGGGAGAUCUACUACCUACAGGCGCGUCUGCACCACGCCCUGGGCCACACCGCCCAGCGCAACAAAUUUGCCAUGCUCUUACGUCUGCUGGACCAAGAACUCCCGCUGUCGGGGGCAACAGUCCUGACUCACAUCUAGGCAGCAAGAGAGGUGGUUAGAAUAUGUCUGUGUAUCUUGUUCUGUGGAUGGUGAUCAUCUUACCACACUUUCGUCCUGGAAGUAACUUAAAUUGGUUUGGCGUGAUGACACUAGGCUACAUGCUAUUGCUCUGGAGGCAAGAAACCUCCAAGAGGUGUUUCCAACCACCAUUCUGUUGACCUUUUUUGUAAGAUGAGAUAUUACACAGCUGUGUAUCAAGUAAUUUCACAGACAUCUCCUGUAAAAAGUCUUUAAGAGAGAUCUAGUUCUGUGGAUUGUGGGAUACAAUAAAAUGUUUUUGUUUGUAA